CCUGGCGGGCCAGCGUUUGGUUGAGAGGCUGCCGGAUGGUGGAGGAGUACCACUGAUGAGAGAGCGGGCAAAUACUGUUUUAGCUCGCAUUGGAUGCAGAUUAUACGUACUUUUAUACUGAUAAACACCUGGGAGGACCGCCGUCACCUGCUGCGUGUGGUGGCCUAGUGAGUGUUACUUCUGCUACCCAUCAUGUCGCAGAGGAGCGGGCUGGAGGAGCCAGAGCGGUAUCUCUUUGUUGACCGCGCCGUGGUCUAUAACCCGGCCUCGCAGGCAGACUGGACUGCCAAGAGGCUAGUAUGGAUCCCAUCAGAACGCCACGGCUUUGAGGCGGCCAGCGUGCGGGAGGAACGUGGUGAUGAGGUAUUAGUAGAGCUGGCCGAGAAUGGAAAGAAGGCAGCGGUCAACAAGGAUGAUAUCCAGAAGAUGAAUCCACCAAAGUUCAGCAAGGUGGAGGACAUGGCUGAGCUCACUUGCCUGAAUGAAGCCUCCGUGCUUCACAACCUCAAAGACCGCUACUAUUCAGGACUCAUUUAUACAUACUCGGGCCUAUUCUGUGUGGUCAUAAACCCCUACAAAAACCUCCCCAUCUACUCUGAGAACAUCGUGGAAAUGUACCGGGGCAAAAAGAGGCACGAAAUGCCCCCACACAUCUAUGCCAUCUCAGAGUCUGCUUACAGAUGCAUGCUACAAGAUCGAGAGGACCAAUCCAUUCUUUGCACUGGGGAGUCAGGAGCUGGCAAGACAGAAAACACAAAGAAGGUCAUCCAGUACCUGGCACAUGUUGCCUCCUCCCACAAAGGAAGAAAAGACCACAACAUUCCUCCUGAAUCUCCUAAACCAGUGAAGCUGCAGAGUGGCCCCGUGUUUUAUGGUGAACUGGAACGUCAACUCUUACAAGCCAACCCUAUCCUUGAAUCAUUUGGGAAUGCAAAGACAGUGAAAAAUGACAACUCGUCGCGUUUUGGGAAAUUCAUCCGGAUCAACUUUGAUGUCACCGGUUAUAUUGUUGGAGCGAACAUUGAAACAUACUUACUGGAAAAAUCCAGAGCCAUACGCCAGGCCAAGGAUGAACGCACAUUUCACAUUUUCUACCAGCUUCUGGCUGGAGCUGGAGAACACCUCAAAUCUGACCUGCUUUUGGAGGGAUUCGGCAACUACCGUUUCUUGUCCAAUGGCAACAUCCCAAUCCCGGGCCAACAGGAUAAAGACAACUUUCAUGAGACUAUGGAGGCCAUGCACAUCAUGAGCUUCUCCCAUGAGGAGAUCCUAGCCAUGUUGAAAGUGGUCUCCUCCGUGCUUCAGUUUGGAAACAUUGUAUUUAAGAAGGAAAGGAACAGCGACCAGGCCUCUAUGCCUGAUAAUACAGCUGCUCAGAAGCUGUGUCACCUUUUGGGCAUGAGUGUCAUGGAGUUCACAAGAGCCAUCCUCUCACCAAGGAUCAAAGUGGGACGAGACUAUGUCCAGAAAGCCCAAACUAAAGAGCAGGCCGACUUUGCAGUGGAGGCCCUGGCUAAAGCGACAUAUGAACGCCUGUUCCGUUGGCUGGUCCAUCGCAUUAAUAAAGCAUUGGACAGGACCAAACGACAGGGGGCCUCAUUUAUUGGCAUCUUGGACAUUGCUGGUUUUGAGAUUUUCCAGCUCAACUCCUUUGAGCAGCUGUGCAUCAACUACACCAAUGAGAAGCUGCAGCAGCUCUUCAACCACACUAUGUUCAUCCUGGAGCAGGAGGAGUACCAGAGGGAGGGCAUUGAGUGGAGCUUCAUAGACUUUGGCCUUGACCUGCAGCCCUGCAUUGACCUCAUUGAGAGACCCGCGAACCCUCCAGGGGUGUUAGCUCUGCUAGAUGAAGAGUGCUGGUUCCCCAAAGCCACAGACAAGACCUUUGUGGACAAGCUGAUUCAGGAACAGGGGACACAUACGAAGUUCCAGAAGCCAAGACAGCUCAAAGACAAAGCCGACUUCUGCAUCAUCCACUACGCUGGCAAGGUGGACUAUAAGGCAGAUGAAUGGUUGAUGAAGAACAUGGACCCUCUAAAUGACAACGUGGCCACGCUUCUGCAUCAGUCCACAGAUAAAUUUGUGGCGGAGCUCUGGAAAGAUGUGGAUCGCAUAGUUGGACUGGAUCAAGUGGCAGGGAUGAAUGAGACAGCGUUUGGAGCUACCUACAAAACAAAGAAGGGCAUGUUUCGAACCGUGGGUCAGCUCUACAAGGAGUCACUCACCAAACUCAUGGCCACGCUGAGGAACACCAACCCCAACUUUGUCCGCUGCAUCAUCCCCAACCAUGAAAAACGAGCAGGUAAACUGGAGCCUCACCUGGUUCUGGACCAACUGAGGUGUAAUGGUGUUCUCGAGGGGAUCCGCAUCUGCAGGCAGGGAUUUCCAAACCGCAUUGUCUUCCAGGAGUUUAGACAGAGAUAUGAGAUCCUCACGCCCAACGCUAUCCCCAAGGGCUUCAUGGAUGGGAAACAAGCUUGCGAGAGAAUGAUUCAAGCCCUUGAGUUGGAUCCCAACCUGUUUCGCAUUGGACAGAGUAAAAUCUUCUUCAGAACCGGUGUUUUGGCACACUUGGAGGAGGAGAGAGAUCUGAAGAUUACUGAUAUCAUCAUUUACUUCCAGUCUGUGUGCCGUGGAUACCUUGCACGAAAGGCCUUUGCUAAGAAGCAACAGCAGCUAAGUGCCCUGAAGGUUCUGCAGAGGAACUGUGCUGCCUACCUGAAGCUGCGCCACUGGCAGUGGUGGAGGCUCUUUACCAAGGUAAAGCCUCUGCUGCAGGUGACUAGGCAGGAAGAAGAAAUGCAAGCCAAAGAUGAGGAGUUGGUAAAAGUGAAGGAAAGACAGCUAUUCGUGGAGAAUGAGCUUGGGGAGAUGGAGAGGAAACACCAACAGCUUGUAGAGGAGAAGACCAUUCUUGCAGAGCAGCUCCAGGCGGAAACUGAGCUAUUUGCAGAGGCUGAAGAGAUGAGAGCUCGUCUGGCCUCCAGGAAGCAAGAGCUGGAGGAGAUCCUCCAUGACUUGGAGUCUCGAGUGGAGGAAGAGGAGGAGAGGAACCAAACUUUGCAGAAUGAGAAAAAGAAAAUGCAAUCACACAUUCAGGACCUGGAGGAGCAGCUUGAUGAGGAGGAAGCUGCAAGACAGAAGCUACAGCUGGACAAAGUCACAGCAGAGGCAAAAAUCAAGAAAUUAGAAGAAGACAUUGUGUUACUUGAGGACCAGAAUUCCAAAUUCCACAAGGAAAAGAAGCUAUUGGAGGACCGGAUCAAUGAAGCGACUACUUUGCUGACAGAGGAGGAGGAGAAAGCAAAGAACCUUGGCAAACUCAAGAACAAGCAGGAGAUGAUGAUGGUGGAUUUGGAGGAGCGUUUGAAGAAGGAAGAGAAAACGCGCCAAGAACUGGAGAAGGCCAAACGCAAACUGGACGCAGAGACCACAGACCUGCAGGAUCAGAUCGCAGAGGUCCAGGCACAGAUCGAAGAACUGAAGAUUCAAGUGGCUAAGAAGGAAGAAGAGCUACAGGCGUCCUUGGCCAGGACUGAUGAGGAGAUGGCCCAAAAGAACAACGCUCUCAAGCAGAUUCGAGAGCUGCAGGCACAACUUGCUGAGCUCCACGAGGAUCUGGAGUCAGAGAAAAUAUGUCGAAGUAAAGCCGAAAAACUGAAAAGGGACCUAAGCGAGGAGCUUGAGGCUUUGAAGACGGAGCUGGAGGACACGUUGGACACCACAGCAGCUCAGCAGGAACUCAGGACCAAACGAGAGCAAGAAGUGGCUGAGCUGAAGAAGGCGAUUGAUGAGGAGACUAAAAACCACGAGGCUCAGAUCCAGGAAAUGAGGCAGAGGCACAGCAUGGCCCUGGAGGAACUGUCUGAACAACUGGAACAGGCUAAGAGAUUCAAAGCCAGUUUGGAAAAGAACAAGCAAAGCCUGGAGAAUGACAACAAAGAAAUGGUCUGCGAGGUUAAAAUGCUGCAGCAAACCAAGAGCGAGUCUGAACACAAGAGGAAGAAGCUGGAGGGCCAGCUACAGGAGUUCACGACCAGAGCCACGGAGAUGGAGCGGGCCAAAGGGGAGUUGGCUGAUCGGUCCCAUAAACUCCAGUUGGAGCUAGACAAUGUGACGGCUCUACUGGAGGAUGCGGAGAAGAAGGGCAUCAAACUUACCAAGGAUGCUGACAACCUGGGAAGCCAGCUGCAGGAUGCACAUGAGUUACUACAGGAGGAGACACGGCAGAAGCUAAACCUGGGCAGCAGAGUGCGUCAACUGGAGGAUGAGAAGAACACUUUGCUGGAGCAACAGGAGGAGGAGGAAGAGGCCAGACGAAAUCUGGAGAAGCAGCUGCUGACUGCUCAUGCUCAGUUGAGUGAGACAAAGAAAAAGCUGGAGGAGGAUGUGGGAGCCAUGGAGGGCCUGGAGGAGGCGAAGAGAAAACUCCAGAAGGACAUGGAGCUGACUAACCAGCGUCUGGAGGAGAAGUCUAUGACCAUGGACAAAAUGGAGAAAACCAAAAACAGACUGCAGCAGGAGCUAGAUGACCUGAUGGUGGACCUUGACCACCAGAGGCAGAUCGUCUCCAACCUGGAGAAGAAGCAGAAAAAGUUUGACCAGAUGCUGGCUGAGGAGAAGACCAUCUCAGCCCGUUAUGCCGAGGAGCGUGACCGUGCGGAGGCGGAAGCCAGAGAGAAGGAUACCAAGGCCCUGUCCAUGGCCAGAGCUUUGGAGGAGGCUCUUGAGGCCAAGGAGGAGCUUGAGAGGUUCAACAAGCAGCUCCGUGCUGAAAUGGAGGACCUGAUGAGUUCAAAGGAUGAUGUAGGGAAAAAUGUCCAUGAACUGGAGAAGUCCAAGCGUACGCUAGAACAACAGGUGGAGGAAAUGCGAACCCAACUGGAGGAGCUAGAGGACGAGCUGCAGGCCACAGAAGAUGCCAAACUGCGUCUGGAGGUUAACAUGCAGGCCAUGAAGGCUCAGUUUGACCGAGACCUGCAGGCCAGAGACGAGCAGGGCGACGAGAAGAAGAGGGCAUUGGUCAAACAGGUGCGUGAAAUGGAGGUGGAGUUGGAGGAUGAGAGGAAGCAGAGAACGCUGGCUGUGGCCUCCAAGAAGAAGCUAGAGAUGGACCUCAACGAGCUGGAAGGGCAAAUAGAAACAGCCAACAAAGGCAGGGACGAGGCCAUCAAACAGCUUAAAAAACUACAGGCUCAGAUGAAGGACUACCAGAGGGAGCUGGAGGAGGCUCGAGCCUCCAGGGACGAGAUCUUCACACAGUCCAAAGAAAACGAGAAAAAACUCAAGAGCCUUGAAGCUGAAAUCUUACAGCUGCAAGAGGAUCACGCAGCAUCUGAGAGAGCCCGUCGACAUGCUGAACAGGAGCGAGACGAACUGGCUGAUGAGAUCUCCAACAGCACCUCUGGGAAGUCUAUGCUGCUGGAAGAAAAGAGGAGGCUGGAAGCUCGCAUUGCGCAGCUGGAGGAGGAGCUGGAGGAGGAGCAGGGUAACAUGGAGCUACUCAAUGACCGCCUCAGGAAGAGCACACUGCAGGUGGACACCCUGAACACUGAGCUGGCAGGAGAACGUGGCGUCGCCCAGAAGAGCGAGAACGCUCGGCAACAGAUGGAGCGGCAGAACAAGGAGUUAAAGGCCAAGCUGGCGGAGCUGGAGGGGGCUGUCAAGUCCAAGUUCAAGGCCUCCAUCACGGCCCUGGAAGCCAAGAUCCUGCAGCUGGAGGAGCAGCUGGAGCAGGAAACAAAAGAGAGAGGCGCGGCCAAUAAGAUUGUUCGGCGUACGGAGAAGAAACUGAAGGAAGUGAUGAUGCAGGUGGAAGAUGAACGUCGUCAUGCCGACCAGUACAAAGAGCAGGUGGACAAAGCCAACUCUCGCAUGAAGCAGCUGAAACGUCAACUGGAGGAGGCGGAGGAAGAGGCCACCAAGGCCAACGCCUCCCGCAGGAAGCUGCAGAGAGAGCUGGAUGACGCCACUGAAGCUAGCGAGGGCCUCAGCCGUGAGGUCAGCAGCCUCAAGAGCCGCCUCAGGCGAGGCGGACCAGUCAGCAGCUUCUCCAGCCGCUCCGGCCAUCACAACAUCAACGUGGACGGCACCUCCAUCGACAGAUCGGAUGAUGACGCCGACAGUCGCACCAGCGACUUCAACGACACCAACGUGGAGUAAAAGGCGUCCGCAUCGCUUUUCCGCACGGUCACUCCUCCAACACAUUCUUUUUAAAGACAGGAAGCAGUGAAGCCGGGUGGCAACACCACUACCACUACUCUCUCCUUUUUUUAAUUUUUUUUAAUUUUGGAAUUCUACCCCCCCAUCUUUGGAUGUGACACUUCCGGAGCCCAACGGACAACUCAGCUCCUUCCUCAUGUAUUCUUACUGUAGGUACAAAAAAAAGCUGACACUUCCUCUGUGACCUUCUGACCAACACUAAUGUCUUAGUGCAAAGGACUGAAUGUCACGUGUACUAUUAUUAAUAAUACUAUUAUUAUUACUGUGAAAACAAUGCUCAUCUCAACAUAUGGCUGCUUGACAUGCAAUGCACGCAUUGGGAGAAGAAAUGGAACAUGACGUCUGACUGCAUCACUGCCCCCUUUGUUGCUCUUCUAUAAUCCAAAAACACAUUUGACAACCAAUAUUUAGUUCUGAUGCCUGUAAAGUUCACAUCAUCUACCCACUGCACCUUUAAAAGGACCUGUGCAGAACCACCAUGGCUGUCUGCAGACUCUCUCAACACCUAGGUUUUUUUUUAAGUGCCUUAGACACUAAAUAAGACCAGAAAUGGGCAACGAUUUUGUUACUUCAAAACGAUAUCCAACACUUAUGUAUUUAUUUUUUUGCUGUGCUGCAUAUCAUCUGUGACGUGUACCUCCAUUGUUCAAAAAGCUCUUCGGGUCCAAGUCGGUAUGUCAGUAAGUCUCCAAAAAUCAUUAUUAUUUGGACAUUUGGUUGGAAGCUUUAACAUCCUGGAGUAGUUUCAUUCAUUAACUUCCUAUUAUUAUUAUUAUUAUUGUUGUUAUUAUUAUUAUUAUUAUCCAGCUGGCUGUUGACAAAAGCAGGCAUUCCACUACACAAAUACCCCCAUCUUAUUUCUUGUAUCUGGAUUUAGAGACAGUAAUAUUUUUUUUUGUUUUUGUUUUGUUUUUUAAGGAAAAUAAAGCAUAUUCAUUGUAA